CCCUCUCCCCCCCCCACCACAAGGAGAGAAUUGCAAACUCUCUACAAGAAGAAAAAGAUCCCUGUCAAUAUCACAAAUGUCGCCGUGGCCGCGCUCUAAAAACUCUUCACAUCGUUGAAGAGAUUGAGGAAUUUUUGCAGUCAUGGGCUCAAUUAUGUCAAUCUGAAACUGCAGAAUCAUCUAUUGAGUCGCCGGUGACGUCGGAGGCUGCUGCAUUCCUCCGCCGACAGCGCCCGCCUCCAGCCUCGGUUUCUUCUUUGUUUAGGUUCUGGGUUAAUUAUUUCAAGGUUCUUGAAAUUCAACUAUUAGCUCUUGUAUGCUGCCGAUUUCUACUACGGAGGAUAAGGGUGCGGGAUUAAAUGCAAGAAUGGCAGUGGAGACAUUGAUGUUGGUUCGAAACUUGUGAGGGGAAUAGCCAAGACGACUCCUAUCAUUGGAGAUUCUCAGGGCUCUUUCCUUUGGAUUUCUUGCAAUCUGGAACGUGAUCAGUGAGAGAUGGCAGAAGGGGGAGAAGAUGAUAUGCCAAGGGAUGCAAAGAUCGUAAAGGAAUUAUUAAAAUCAAUGAAUGUCGAUGAUUAUGAACCACGAGUCAUUCACCAGUUUUUAGAACUUUGGUACCGGUACGUUGUCGAUGUGCUGACUGAUGCACAGGUCUACUCAGAACAUGCUGCAAAAUCUUCAAUUGAUUCUGACGAUGUGAAGCUUGCAAUACAGUCUAAAGUCAAUUUUAGUUUCUCACAGCCUCCACCCCGAGAGGUGCUGCUGGAGUUGGCUAGGAGCAGAAAUAAGGUUCCAUUGCCGAAAUCAAUAGCAGGGCCUGGAAUCCCUCUGCCACCGGAGCCGGAUACCCUGAUUAGCCCAAAUUAUCAAUUAGCUAUUCCCAAGAGGCAGAAUAACCAACCUGCUGAAGAAACAGAAGAGGAUGAAGAAGCUGCUGAUCCCGUUACCAGUUCUAAUCCAAAUUCUCAAGACCGUAGAGAUUUGCCCCAAGGAACACCCCAGCGAGUUUCUUUUCCCCUUGGAGCUAAACAUCCACGAUGACUAUUUUGUAAUCAUGUCAAUUAGAUCAGAAUAAUAUAUUGCGAUGAUGAUGAAUGAAAUCAUGUCUCAGUAACAUUGAGAUUCAUGUAUGAUAACAUCAUCUUAAUUGCAAUUAGAUUGGCAUUUCAUUUCAUUGCAGAACCAUGAAAA